ACCAUGUUGGCCAGGCUGGUCUCCAACUCCUGACCUCGGGUGAUCCACCCGCCUCGACCUCCCAAAGUGCUUGGAUUACAGGGGAUGGUGAUAGUUAUCCAAAGGUCCCGAUGUUGGGCUGUGAUGGUGUGGAGGGGUCUCAGUUGAGGAGUGGUGCUUGUAGCUGCUCCAAGCUGAAGAGGUCCUGGUGUAGCAGGCCACUGGAGUGGGCCAGUUCCUGGACUAUUGUAGGGGUUGCUGCCCUCAUCCUGUUCCUGGUAGCACUGCUGGCUCGUGUCCUCGUCAAAAGAAAACCACCCCGGGACCCACUGUUCUAUGUGUAUGCAGUUUUUGGAUUUACCAGCGUGGUGAACCUCAUCAUAGGACUGGAGCAAGAUGGAAUCAUUGACGGGUUCAUGACACACUACUUGAGAGAGGGUGAACCAUAUCUGAACACUGCAUAUGGGCACAUGAUCUGCUACUGGGAUGGCUCUGCUCAUUAUCUGAUGUACCUGGUGAUGGUGGCAGCCAUAGCAUGGGAGGAAACUUAUAGAACCAUUGGCCUAUAUUGGGUUGGAUCUAUUAUUAUGAGUGUUGUUGUUUUUGUGCCAGGAAACAUUGUAGGGAAGUAUGGAACACGAAUUUGCCCUGCUUUUUUCUUAAGCAUACCAUACACUUGUCUUCCUGUCUGGGCUGGUUUCAGAAUCUAUAAUCAGCCAUCAGAAAAUUAUAAUUACCCCUCAAAGGUUAUUCAAGAAGCCCAAGCGAAAGACCUGCUGAGAAGACCAUUUGAUUUAAUGUUGGUUGUGUGUCUCCUCCUGGCAACUGGAUUUUGCCUGUUCAGAGGCUUGAUUGCUUUGGAUUGCCCAUCUGAGCUCUGCCGAUUAUAUACGCAAUUUCAAGAGCCCUAUCUAAAGGAUCCUGCUGCUUAUCCUAAAAUUCAGAUGCUGGCAUAUAUGUUCUAUUCUGUUCCUUACUUUGUGACUGCACUGUAUGGCUUAGUGGUUCCUGGAUGUUCCUGGAUGCCUGACAUCACAUUGAUACAUGCUGGAGGUCUGGCUCAGGCUCAGUUUUCUCACAUUGGUGCAUCUCUUCAUGCUAGAACUGCUUAUGUCUACAGAGUCCCUGAAGAAGCAAAAAUCCUUUUUUUAGCAUUAAACAUAGCAUAUGGAGUUCUUCCUCAGCUCUUGGCCUAUCGUUGUAUCUACAAACCAGAGUUCUUCAUAAAAACAAAGGCAGAAGAAAAAGUGGAAUAAAAAUAUUACUUCAUGUUCCUCCUUUCUAAAUUACUAACUUUUGUUAUACUGGUACUGAUAUUUUGUCCCAUUUCACUCUCUUCUCAUACGUGAGUACUUAAGAAUAUGUACAUUCUUGCUCUGCACUGUAUGUGUGAGCUAUAUGGUAUUGUGUAAAUUUUUUUUGAAGGAAAAUGGAAAUUCUUGAGAAACAGUUUGUUUAAAGAAAUAUAUUCAAAAUCAUUUGUGAAUAAACUUGAUCAUCCAUCU